UACUUCGGAAAGCGCCACGGUACAGUGUGAAAGGUAUAUGCGAGUGUGUGUGUGUAUAGGCAUUGAGCAAGAUGCUGUGUGGCGUGCAUCCGAUUAAACAGUGGUUCAUCGGGUGCGGCAGGCAGUGACUAGACUUCAAGAACAAGCAGAUGCUCACUCAGAGAGACAGAAAAAAAUAAUAAGAUGGCUACUCCUUCUAUUGACUUCAAAAUGUGUCUUAACAUUCUAUUGACAUUAUGCAUAUUUGUUUCAGUAAGCAGUCAGCCGUCAUCCAUACAGGACGAACCGACUGAUCUAGAGGGGGACUUCGUAUCUCCGUUUGAGGAUAAAGAUCUGGAUCAACAAUCACCAGGAGAAAGUUCAAAUACAAAGGCUCCAACACCUGCAGAAAGAACAACACAGACAGCACAAGAGAAGACAACCUCUUCCCCAGAUGAUGUUGCCAAUUUCAUUAUCCGUGACGAUAAUGGUAAAGCUUGUAUCCGUGCCUGUUUUUCUGCAGUUCUCAACGUAUUUUAUACAAACCAACAGAGUGAAAGUGCUGAGGUAAAAGUUCCCCUCCCAACGAAGGCUACUGCCAGAGGAACAUGUGGUACAAUGACAGACCCAGCAUCUCUCUCAAUCCAAUGGAAUGAAGGGAAAUACAACCUCAAAUUUCUUUUUGAAAAUAAAACAGAAAAUGGCGCAGAAAGCUGGAAUGCAAGGAGCCUUACGUUUUCAUACGAUACGACCGAUGACACAUAUUUUAAGGAUGCUGCAGAAGCUGGGAUGAAAAGCGUACGCAGCCAAGUCGACGAUGAUGACCUCUUUAAGACGUCGGCUGAGAAAUCAAGAAAGUGUGAACUGGAGGAUGAGAUCGAGCUGGUGGGCGGAGCCAGCAACAGUACGGACAAGGCAAUAUUAGAACUAAGUCAGCUGCAGUUACAACCAUAUCAUCUUUUAAAUGAUUCAUUUAGUAAAGCACAACUAUGUCAAAACGAUAAAGAGGCCGAGGGAACCAACAUCGCAUCGAUAGCCGUGGGCGCCACUUUGGCGCUUGUCAUUCUCGUGGUCAUCGCUGGCUAUGCAAUAGGACGUAGGAUGGGCGCCAUCACCGACAGAACCUCGUACAGUUCCAUGGAGUAAUCCCCUUCACGUCUUCUCAUUUACAUUUAAUCUAGGUAAUGGCUGUGAAAGAACUAUGAUCGAUAGAGCUGCUCAACCCCUUCCCCUGAUUGGUCCCCGGUCUUUUGAUCAUUUUAUUAGGUACAGUUCCACAUAUAUGAUUUUU